AUUCUUUCCAUAUCUCUCUCCUUGAAAAAGAAGCUACAACUGAGUUAAAAGCCGUAAUGUCGGGACGCGGAAAGCAAGGAGGCAAGGCUCGGGCUAAGGCCAAGUCGCGCUCCUCUCGCGCCGGGCUGCAGUUCCCGGUGGGCCGAGUGCACCGCCUGCUGCGCAAGGGCAACUACGCCGAGCGGGUGGGGGCCGGCGCCCCAGUCUACCUGGCCGCGGUGCUCGAGUACUUGACGGCCGAAAUCCUGGAGCUGGCGGGCAACGCGGCCCGCGACAAUAAGAAGACGCGCAUCAUCCCUCGCCACCUGCAGUUAGCGGUGAGAAACGACGAAGAACUGAACAAGUUACUCGGAGGUGUCACCAUUGCCCAGGGCGGCGUCUUGCCCAAUAUCCAGGCUGUCUUGUUGCCCAAGAAAACGGAGAGUCACAAGCCUGGCAAGAACAAAUAA